AUGAUAAAUCUCGAACCCCGUGGCCAAUGCUACUCGAACCCAGAUGACAGGACAUAUCAUUACCCACAACCUUUUGAUGUUCCUAUCCAUCACGUCAACAUCUAUAAGUCUGAUCCACAACAACUCUCAGUGGAGUACGAGAAGGCUAAUGAUGAAGCAUGGUUCUUUAUAACGGAGAGAUACAAAAAAGGUAUAAGUGGGAAGAAGCAUAAACUUGCUGAUGACAAUGCAACGGUAGGUGCCAAGAAGAUUGAACGUUACCGCGCUAGAAAACCUCACGGCGUAAAAACAGAUUGGUUAAUGCAUGAGUACUCGUACGAGUCUCCUCAUGAUGAUGAUAACGAUAAGGUUGAGUAUGUUUUGUGCAAGAUUUAUCUGACUCCAUCCGCGGUGAAGAGGAUGAAAGAUAACGAAAAAGAGAAGGUGAAGAAAGGGAAAGGAAAAUUGAAAGAGAAGGUUAAGCAGCUGGAGCAACCACAGUGUUGCUUACCAUCAGCACAAGAUCAGGAGCCGAAGAGUUUGCCUUAUAACAUUGAUGAUGAUGACUUAAAAGACUUCGAUGAAUUUUUUGAUUUUGUCGACUCUGAACCGCAACUAGAGGAUGUUGAAGAGUUCUUUGCUGAAUUCAUGAAGCCAAAUUCAGUGGUUGGAGAUGAAGAAGACGUACCUAAAGAUAGUGAUAUACUUGAAGGCUUCUUCAAUGAUGGGAUGAUGAAAGAUUUACACUAA